UUAAGAAAUUAUAAGAAUGUUAAUAUUAUUUUGAUGAUGUAAUAAGAAAAUAGUGUCAAACAAAAUGAAACUAAGGAAAUAAUAUAAUGUGAACAAAGUAUUGAGAGUUUGAUUAAGAGUAAAAUAUCUAGUACCGCCUGAGCUAUGACCGAAUUUUCUACAACACACUCCAACCUCAUAGGAGUCCUAUUACCCCUUGAACUAUAUUUUAGCGUAUUUUGUGAACCUUGUUAGCUGACGUGACACCUGCUUUAUAGAUGACGUGGCACCUUUGAUGUGGGCCCCAUUUUAUGUAAUAAAGGUGCCACAUCAGUGCAAAAGGGAUGACAAAAACACGCUAAAAUUAGGUUCGGGUAAUAGAACCCCUAUGAAGUUGAAGUGUGUCGUAGCAACUUUGAUUAAAGUUCGAAGGGGUACUGGAUGUUUAUCUCUUUGAUUAACUUACUUUUCCUUUUCCUUUUAUACUUGUGGUAGACAAGCUGUGAGGACCCAUUGCUUCAUCCUUUUAGACUUUUAGAAAACACUAGGCAUGGUUUUUUCUACAAUUUUUUUCAAUGCUAAAAUUAUUUUCUUCACCACCCCCAAGCCAAAUAUCUCCCAACAAUUUGAAGUUGUUGGAUGAAUAAUAAAGCAAGCAGAAGAUAUUUUCAUCAAGUUAAAAGCUUUUCAUUAUUCAAGCUAAUUGUUUUCUAGAGAGCACACAAAAACAUAGAGGAACAACGCAACUAUAUCAGAAUUUUCAUCAAGUGAUAGAGGACGUUGUCAACGUUCUGGAUUUCAUGGAGAGGUUAAAGAAUGAAGAAGAUCAAAAUGCUGUCGACAUGGCCGAUGAUUUCCUAGCCUCAUGCAUAAUAUCGAUGAUUGUAUCAGUUCGUGUCAUCAUUCUGACGAGCAGUUGAACUUCCUCCUCCUGAAUCUCCAUCAUAUGUCCAAGUAUCGUGCUGAAAAGAUAUUUCCAUUGGAGACUCAGUAUGAGAUUCUUCAGAAUGUAUGUGGAAAUGUUAAGAGAUUUUCAUGGGUUGAUAGUGAAUGGUUGCGUUGAGCACGAGAUUGUUCAAUGUGUCUUACCUCAAUUUCAACUCAUGGCUGAGAGAGUUGCACUCUUCCUUUGGGAUGAUCGACUUGAUGGAGACUUUCGACUCUACAAGCUAGCACAUCUACUCAUGAAAUUCAUUCCAAUUGAACUGGAGGUGAUGCCCAUAUACUGUACAAAUUUAAAAGCUUCACCAUCAGCAGAAGUUGGAUGCUGCUUCUCAUAGAAACUUCUCCAGACAUUCUUAGAGAAUAUCUGGUUCAUUUACAAGAGCACAUGGUAACUGUUAUUACCGCUAGCACUUCAGAGGCUCAAAACAUUCAUGUCAUAAUGGAGUUUCUGAUACCGACUUCAUUCUUCAUGACAAAUUAUUUGAUCUUUUGACACGUGUUGGAGCACUUAUCAGGGAGGUAUCAACUCUAGUUCAAGACUUAGAAGAAAAAUCAAGGAAUGAAGUGAGUACCGAUGAAACAAGUCGUGCAACUCGAGACUUGCUGGAAAAUAUUGAACUCCUCAAGGAUGAUCUCAAAUAUGUUUAUCUGGAAGCCCCGGACUCAUAUCAAUGUUGCUUCCCCAUGAAUGAUGGACCUCUCUUCAUGCAUCUGCUGCACAUACACUUGAAUGAUCUGCUAUAUUCCAAUGCUUAUUCAAUUGCAUUGAUAAAGGAAGAAAUUGCGCUGGUGAAAGAAGACUUAGAAUUCAUAAGAUCGUUCUACGUGAAUGUUGAGCAAAGAUUGUAUAAGAAUCCAUGGGCACGUGUUUUAGAUGCAGCAUAUAAGGCAAAAGAUGUCAUUGAUUCAAUUAUUGUUCGAGAUAAUGGUCUCUUACAUCUUAUUUUCUCACUUCCCAUUACGAUAAAAAAGAUCAAGCUUAUCAAAGAAGAAGUCUCCAGUUUACCUGAGAAGAUUCCCAAGAACAAGAGCCUCGUUGUUGUAAACUCUCCCAAGAAUCCAGUUGAAAGAAAAACAUUGACAACUGGUAAAAUAAUUGUAGGUUUUAAGGAGGAGACAAUUUGGUUAAUUAGUCAGCUCACUAGUGGACCGAAAGAUCUUGAUGCCGUUUCAAUAACUGGUAUGCCGUGUUCGGGCAAAACUACUUUGGCGUACAAAGCAUACAAUGAUGAAUCAGUUUGUAGACAUUUCGACCUUCGUGCAUGGUGCACAGUUGACCAAGAUUACGACGAGAAGGAGGUGUUGGUAAAACUUUUUAAUCAAGUUAGUGGCUCGGAUUUGAAGUUCAGCGAGGAAAUUGAUGUUGCCGAUGAGCUACGGAAAAAAUUGUAUGGAAAGAGGUACCUAAUUGUGUUAGAUGACGUGUGGGAUAUUACUACAUGGGAUGAUCUAACAAGACCUUUCCCUGAAGCUAAGAAAGGAAGUAGAAUUCUUUUGACGACUCGACAAAAGGAAGUGGCUUUUCAUGGAAAGGGCAACUCUAAUCCUCCUAACCUUCGAUUGCUGAGACGAGAAAGUUGGAAGUUAUUAGAGAAAAGGGCAUUUGGAAACGAGAGUUUCCCUGAUGAACUAUUGGAUGUUGGCAAAGAAAUCGCCCAAAAUUGUAAGGGGCUUCCUUUGGUGGCUGAUCUGAUUGCUGGAGUCAUUGCAGGUUUGGAAAAGGAAAAGUCUGUGUGGCUUGAAGUUCGAAAUAAUUUAAGUUCAUUUAUUUUGAAUAGUGAAGUGGAUGUGAUGAAGGUUAUAGAAUUAAGUUAUGACCAUUUACCUCUUCAACUGAUGCCAUGCUUUCUCUACCUUGCAAGUUUUUCGAAGGACACAGAAAUCCACAGAAAGGUGUUGAAAAUGUAUUGGCAUGCUGAAGGGCUUGUUGAACAGACAGAGAUGAUGAGUGUGGAUGAAGUGACGGAAAUUUAUAUGGAUAAUUUAAUUUCAAGUAGCUUGGUAAUUGCCUUCAAUGAGAUGGGUUAUUACCCGACUUUCCAACUUCAUGAUCUUGUGCACGACUUUUGUUUAAUAAAAGCAAAAGAGGAAAAGUUGUUUGGCAGGAUAAGUUCAAGUGAUCAAUCUUCUUCUUCAGAUUUGAUGCCACGCAGAGUGACCAUUCUUUUUGAUAAGGAGCACUUCGGGCCUAAAAAUUUCGUCCUGCUCGAUUCAAAAAUGAGAAGGCAUUCUGGUAAGCACCUCUGUUCUUUGUUGAUAACCGGAGACUUGAGGCUUCUUAGAGUGUUGGACCUGAGUACCUCUUUUAUGAGGGUGAAAGAUUCUUUGCUGAAUGAAAUAGGCAUGCUGAAUCAUUUGAGGUUCUUAAGAAUUGGGACAGAAGUUAAAUCUCAGCCGUCAUCUUUCUCAAACCUCUGGAAUCUAGAAAUCCUGUUUGUGACUAACAAAGGAUUAAUCAUGGUACUAUUACCGAGUAUUUGGGAUCUUGUAAAGUUGAGAGAGCUGUCCAUUUAUGCUUGUUCUUUCUUUGCUAUGGAGACAAAUGAACCAAUACUGAUAGCAGAGGACUCAAAGUUAGAUAACUUGAGAGAAUUAGGGAAACUCGUGCUUUUCCUAUUCAAAAGAUACAGAGGAUAUUUUCAAAAGGUUUUCCAAUCUUCAGUGUCUUUCAUUUGUUCUCAAGGAAUCAUGGGAUUAUUCAAAGAGCAAUAUUGGUUCCUGAAAUUGGAUUUCCUAACUGAACUAGAAUUCCUCAAAGCAGAAUUUGCAAGCUCAAACGCAAAUGACAGUGGGCCCUCUUUAGCGACAAAUUGGUCAUGGGAUUUUCACUUCCCAUCAAAUUUGAAAGCAUUGUGGUUGUGUGACUUUCCUCUGUCCUCCGAUUCACUAUCAACAAUAGCGAGACUUCCCAACCUUGAAGAGUUGUUCGUUGCUAGAACAAUCAUACAGGGGGAGGAAUGGAACAUGGGGGAGGAAGACACCUUUGAGAAUCUCAAAUAUUUGUGUUUUGAAGAAGUGACUCUUGCUAAGUGGGAGCUUGGAGAGGAAUCCUUUCCCAUGCUUGAGAAAUUAGCACUGUGGGAAUGUCAUAAGCUUGAGGAGAUUCCGCCUAGUUUCAGAAAUAUUUCUUCAUUGAAAAUUAUCGAACUUUUCGAGAGCCCUCAACUUGAAGAUUCAUCUCUGAAGAUUAAACAAUAUGUUGAAGAUAUGACGGGAGGGGACACACUUAAGGUCGAAAUAUCUUGAGCACCAGCAGAUCAGGUUCUUCUCCAUUCUGAUUCCUUUUGUGGAAAUUGCUGCACUUUAAAAAGAUGUCUACCCUGAACGCGUAGUUUGAUGAAAGUCUCACCUGAAGUCUUUGUGAAUGGUCUUCUUUUUUCUUCUUUAUUGUAUAAAUUCCUCCUUUUUGUGUGUGUGUGUACACAUUAACAUUGUUUUGUAACACCAUUUGAUGUUUGAACUUUCCCAGUAUUUUACAUAAAUGACUUUUUAUAUGUCUGACUACUGCAAAAUUGUUUCUAAUAUGACUUUUUAUGUUUCUUUCUUUCUAAUCUUACUUCUUCCAACUCAUCGGUACGUCAUACAGUAGUCAUCCAUAUUAACACUAACAUUACGAUACAGAAUGCCAUACAUAUGUCUAAACAACUUUUUAUCUGAAGCAUAAAUAAUAAAAAGUUCCUUUCUUUCCCACAAACAUUCUCUGUCCCUGUCAAAAGCAGAACCCUUCCUUCCAUCCUCAGUUCACCUCCUAGUAUCUCUUUGAAACAUACAUGGAGUUGCCGACUCUUUGCUAUCGGGAAUGAAGUGAAACAGAAGGUCGGCAGCCUCUCUACUAUAUGAAAGGUACUGAAGUCAUUGAGAAAUUCCAAUGCAACAAAAAGUGGUAUCUCUGCCUACAAGGAGUUAUAAUUGUCAUGCAGGCUGGUGGAAUCAACCAUCGAUAAGCAUUUGGAGUUGAGGGCUUCUGUAUUUAAUGAUCAAGUUGUUUAAAUAGGUGUUGUUGUACAACAUUUGGUCUCAUGUGCAACAGUCUGCGUUAUUAAAAAUUCUCUUGUUCCUAUUAAUACGUCGAUGUUGAAUGCCCCAUCUCAUACUUUAGAAAAAGAUCCAGCUUUCCACUCAAGCCAGAAUACCAUCAAGAAAAAGUAAGUUCAAUCUGAGUGUUGAAACUACUUGUUGUCGUAAAAAUAUAAAGGAAGCUGACAGAAUUAUGUACUCCGAAAUUUGUUCUUUCAAAUGGUUGUUGUUGCAUACUCUCUUUUCUUCUUGGCAUGGUUACUCCUCAAGUACGGAAACAUACAUGGAAUUGCUGACUCUCUGUUAUGAUGGGAAAGAAGGAAGUGAAACAAAAGGUUGGAGGCAUCUGUACUAUAUUGAUAUCCUAUAUCUCAGUUUUUUCAAGUUUCUGUAGAUCUUUCAAGAUAGACCAUCAUAACAAACAUCAGAAAACUCUUCAGGCAACGAUGUUAUCGAGAAACUCCAAUGCAACAAGAAGUGGGAUUUUCGCGUACAAAGAGUUUGAAUUGUGAUGCUGCACGGUGGAACUCACGUGCACCAAGAAUCAGCCAUCGAUAAGCAUUUGGAGUUGAGACGCUUCUGUAUGUAAUGAUCAACUUGUUCGAAUAGGUGCUGCUGUACAACAUUUGUCCUCGUUUGCAACAGUAGUGUGUUAUUAAAAUUCCUCCCGUGCCUAUUAAUACAUCAAUUCAGGAUAUGCUAUCUCAAACUUGAGACAAACUCAUUCAAGAAAGAAUGUACUCGUCUUAAUGUGAACUGGAAAGAUGCACUGUUGCACUCAAGCAAGCAAUUUGAGUACUAUCGCUCGUGCUUUGUUGUGAUAAUAUCUUUCUAACUGUUGCUUCUUUUCUGCAGGUGGCACCUUUAAGUCCAUUAAACGCAUAGGAUUGGUGAGCUGAACGAAGAGGAUAAGUUCGUUUCCAAGUUUGUUAUCUAGUUGCAACUCUUGCUUCUUAAUUUGCUGUGAAGCAACAGACGAUUGAGAAGCUCGUUAGAACUGCAAUCACCUUGAGGGAUUGGAUCACAAAAUCUAAUGCAGGAAGGUUCGGACGGGGAUGAAGAAUUAGUUGUGCGGAGUUAUUCUUAUGUGGUUAGAGCAGUGUGGAUAUAUCACCAUGGCAUCUUCCUAAAACGCCAAAGAGGAAUCCACUCUCCAUUUUUACGUACAGCAAAACAUAUGGAGGAACUCCCGAUAUGACAGUAAAAGCAAGACGUGCAGUCCUUCAGUGGGGCUAGUUGCCUAGAAAGGUGCAACUAACAAAGAGCAAGAUCAUCAAAUUACUUUAAAGCAUCAUGAUUUGAUUAGGCCAAUGUGAUUUGAUGAAAGUCUCAACUGAACUAUUUGUGAAUGUUAAAAGAAAUUGAGUUGAUAAGCAUUUGUUUUUUGUUAUGAA